AUGGAGCACUCAAUCUUGUCAACGCCGCGUUCGUCGUCAUCGACCCUGCACGAGAUGAACGCGCCCGCCGCCCCGCCAGUUCUCUCGGCUGCUCUCGAGCAGGAAAUUCUAAGGGACGAGUUGCGGACGGAGAAGUAUGGUGGUGACGAUCCGCUUUCACCGCCGCCCAAUCAUGCGCCUCCACCGCCAGAGGAGAGCGAUCCGAAUAUGGUGACCUGGGACGGUCCCGAUGAUCCAGCCAAUCCGCAGAACUGGUCGGUUCCGUAUAAGUGGAUUGUCACGGUUAUUUGUUCAAUCCUAACCAUUUGCGUGACGUUCGCUUCGUCCGCGCCGACAUCUGCGACGCUUCUCAUCGCCGAACAGUUCCACAUAAGCACGGAGGUUGCCAACCUCAUCACGACGUGCUUCUUACUAGGCUACGUGUUCGGGCCGUUCUUUUGGGGGCCAGGAUCCGAGCUCCUUGGCAGACGACCCAUCUUCGUCAGCACCAUGGUCGCCUUCACGUUAUUCCACCUGGGGCAAGCUCUUGCGCAGAACCUGGAGACCCUGCUUGUGACCCGCUUCUUCGCCGGAUUCUUUGCGGUUGCGCCGAUGACGACGUGUGGAGGUAUCAUUGCAGACAUCUGGGAUCCCGUUGGCCGUGGGCUGUCCACAAGUAUGUUCAGUGCAUGUGUCUUCCUGGGACCAGUCAUGGGCCCAAUCAUCGCCUCUUUCGUUUCCGAAAGCUAUCUGGGCUGGAGAUGGGUCUUUUGGCUCAUGAUGAUCUUCGCCGGCGCUUGUACUACUGUCGGCGUCAUCUUCCUGCCAGAGACUUACGCACCGAUCUUACUGGCCAAGAAGGCCAAGCAGCUGCGUAAAUUGGAUCCCGAGCACAACAAAGAGAUCUAUGCUGAACACGAGAGACAAGAUUGGUCUAUCAUGGGAGUCCUCAACCGGACACUCCUGCGCCCCUUCCAUAUGCUGCUCAUGGAGCCCAUCCUGGUCUUGGUGACCAUCUAUCUCGCCGUUGUCUACGGUGUUCUCUAUGGCUUAUUCGAGGCGCUGCCCGUCAUCUUCAUGGAAAAGCGUGGCUUCACGAUCUCACAGAACGGACUCGUCUUCAUCGGCGUCGGCAUUGGUGCAAUCCUCGGGUCCGGCUGCAACCUAUACUUCACGCGCCACUAUCCCGAGCUCAUCGUCAAGUGGCGCGGGUUCCCCCCGCCUGAGCAGCGGCUGUUCGGUGCGAUGUUCGCCGGCCCAUGCUUGGUCGUCGGGGCCUUCUGGCUCGGGUGGUCGGGCGAGUACCCCGCGGUGCCGUGGUACGUUCCAGCGCUAAGCACGGUGUUGAUCGGCUUGAGCGUCAACCUCGUUUUCAUGUCGUUCUUGAGUUAUCUCGUAGACACGUACCUCAUGUACAGCGCGUCAGCUUUCGCUGCGAACACGUUCAUCCGUUCCGCCGUCGCGGCUGGCUUCCCACUGUUCACGGUUCAGAUGUUCACGAAGCUUGGCGUGAAUUGGGCCGGCUCGUUGAUUGGUUUCGUCGCUCUGGCACUCGCUCCAAGUCCGUUCCUUUUCUACAAGUACGGAGCUCGGAUCCGCUCCAAGAGCAAGUUCGCGCCCUGCAUCGAUCUCAAAAUCGCGCAAGAGAUCGAGGCUGCCAUGGAGAAAGCCGACCCUUCUUACUCUGUCUAA